CUUCUCACCAUCCCGUCCUUUUGGCCUCUAUAGAUUAGAGAUUCGAUCUGCGCCCGGAUAUUUGACCACCUACAGCGCUGCUGUGCUAGGUGAAGAAAAAAAAAGAAUGGACCUUGUUACACAUCCCUCCUGAUCAUUUAUAUCUUAUUCUGCAUUCGACCUUUCUUUCCCGAACAUCUCCCAGAAGCUUACAUCCUUUUCUGAGUCUCGGACUUGUCUAUUAGCUGUACAGCUACCAAGAUCUCUCCUUACGUAUCAUGACGGCCGUACAUGUUAAUGGCACCAACGGGUUGCAUUCUCCUACCAGAAAACCCUCAAAGCCUAGGUUCUUUGAGGACUACGGAGUCUGGAAGCAAGCUCCUAUCUUAGUCGGAUCCACCAAGUUUGAUCCUUUACCAGAUGUUAAGAACAUCAUGAUCACCGGCGGCGCCGGUUUCAUCGCAUGUUGGCUUGUCCGUCAUCUCACUCUUACCUAUCCAGAAGCCUACAACAUAGUCUCCUUCGACAAAUUGGAUUAUUGUUCCUCGCUGAACAACACUCGCAUGCUCAAUGAUAAGCGAAACUUCACUUUCUACCAUGGCGACAUCACAAACCCUUCCGAGGUUCUCGACUGCAUGGAGCGCUUUAACAUAGAUACCAUCUUCCAUUUCGCUGCUCAGUCGCAUGUCGACUUGAGCUUUGGGAAUUCUUAUGGGUUCACUCAUACAAAUGUAUAUGGCACCCACGUCAUGCUAGAGAGCGCAAAAAAGGUCGGGGUGAAGCGGUUUAUCCAUAUAUCCACCGAUGAGGUAUAUGGCGAGGUAAAGGAUGACGACGACGAUUUGCUAGAAACGAGUAUUCUAUCCCCAACUAACCCAUAUGCUGCGAGCAAGGCUGCCGCUGAGAUGCUCGUUCACUCGUAUACGAAAAGUUUCAAACUUCCCGUGAUUAUUGUCAGAAGUAACAAUGUGUACGGACCACAUCAGUUUCCAGAGAAAAUCAUACCCAAAUUCGUUUGCCUCCUUAAUCGCCAGAGGCCUACAGUGCUUCAUGGCGAUGGGAGCCCUACACGGAGAUACCUAUAUGCUGGUGAUGCUGCCGAUGCGUUUGAUACAAUUUUGCACAAGGGCACUCUCGGCCAAAUUUACAAUGUCGGAUCGCACGACGAGAUCUCUAACAUCCAACUAUGCAGAAUGCUCCUCAAGGAGAUGGAUAUCCCCCACGAAUCCCAAGAGGAUUUCAAUAAAUGGGUUAAAUACACCCAUGAUAGACCCUUUAAUGACCAUCGAUACGCCGUUGAUGCCACCAAGCUUCGACGUCUUGGCUGGAGUCAGAAGACGACCUUUGCCGAUGGGUUGAAGAUUACCGUUGAUUGGUACAAACGGUUUGGGGAAGAGUGGUGGGGUGACAUUAGCAAAGUUCUGAGCCCUUUUCCAAUUGUGGUCGAGGCCGAAGUAGUGUCGGACAAAGAGGAGAUUUGUGAUGAGCCUCAGGUUUCAAAGAAACGAAAGUCGCCUGGUUAGGUGAAGAGCGAAGCUUUGCGUAAACAGGAGGGAAAGAGAUAUAUUCUUCGGCAACUGAUGACACUGUUUUGAGUGAUGAUGAAAGCAUUAUCGGAGUUGAGGUUCUUUUCCUUGGCGAGUCUCGAGUUGGGCAGGGCUCAAGCAUGACUUUAUUGUAAUAACAGAUAUCAUGGAAGACAUGAGGGACGUGAGGUGUUUUUCAUAAUCAAUGGGAGAACUACUAGCUAAAUGCUGGCGGCGUUAGGUAUCUUGUAGUAAUUAGCAUCGACUUGAUAAGGGUGUUAUAAUUCAAAACUGUUUCGCCAGGAGCUCUUGAACGGUUGAACCAGACGUCCCUUGCCCAUUCCGCGGCCAUGUAUUUCGUUUAGAGUUAGACACCUGGGUAGGUAUUCAUCGCAUUCAUAUCAUUCUAACUGAAUUGGUCGUUAUCUGGAGGGAUCUGUUAAUAACUCGCGCUUGUAAUUGGAAACCAUUACCCCCUUAUAUCACUUGCAGCUUAUUAUGUCGUCAAGUUCCGGUACCGUGCCCGGCGGCGCAAUAAAUCGGGAGCCCGACUAUUAAUGUUAUAAAUUUAAAUGUUGGCUUCCCCUUGAAGACCUACAUAAUCUGUAAGCACACGUC